AUGGACUCAGUCGGCCAAACCAACCCACCCAACCCAGUAUUUGAAAAGUACGGCCUAUCGGGCCACCUCCGUCUGGGAAGCAACACACCAGGCCCUCACCCGUCUUCCACGACCCGACCAGUCCACCAUCCAGAAUGGGACGAGCCCUCCGACCGGGGCUACAUCGUGCCGGAUAAUCUUAUCAACGAGCCACCGAGCAACAAACCGUUCAGGAUCAUCAUGAUGGGGGCUGGCGCAGCCGGUAUCGACUUCCUCCACUACGCCCCGUCCGCUCUGGCGGGACUCGGGGUGGACAUCGUGUGCUACGAGAAGAACGCGGAUAUCGGGGGAACUUGGUACGAGAACCGGUACCCGGGGUGUGCGUGCGAUGUGCCGAGCGUGGCAUACACCUUUUCGUGGCGCGCGAAUCCGCACUGGUCGAGCUUUUAUUCCGGCGCGAAAGAGAUCUGGGAGUACCUGAAGCAGAUUGCUGUCGACGAGGGGAUGAUGGAGUACAUUCAGCUGAGGACGAGGGUAGUAUCGGCUACGUGGGAUGAAUGCAAAAGUAAGUGGGUGGUAAAGCUGCGACGGGAUGGUCCAGAUGUCGCGGAGUGGGAAGAUGAAUGCGACGUGUUCCUCAAUGGAUCUGGCUUCCUGAACGCAUGGAAAUGGCCCGAUACGCCCGGCCUGCACUCGUUCCAAGGCGAUCUAUUCCACACGGCAGCUUACCCAGAGGGAUUCAGUCUGAAGGACAAGAGAGUGGCAGUAAUCGGAUCAGGGAGCUCCGGCGUCCAAGUCGUGGCUGCGAUCCACGACGCCGUAUCGCAUCUGUACACCUGGGUGCGAAGCCCAGUCUGGAUCACAACUGCCUUUGCAAAGCGAUUUGCCGGGAAGGAUGGUCAAAACUUCGACUAUACCCCCAAGCAGAAAGAAGACUUCGAUCUCGACCGCGAAAAGUACCACCGGUACAAGAAAUCCGUCGAGCACGACUUGAACCAACAAUUCAAGCUCGCACUCCGCGACACCGCUGAGUCGGACGAGGCUCUCGCCUCCUCAUACAAGGGCAUGUGCACUGACCUCGCCUCCAAGCCCUACGUCCGGGACGCAAUAAUCCCAAAGACCUUCAACGUCGCCUGUCGACGCCCAACCCCGGGAAACGGCUACCUGGAAGCCCUGGCCUCAAACAAAACGACCGUCUUCACCGAGCGAAUCCAAUCCAUCACACCCACCGGCGUUAUCGACUCCGCCACGGGCAUCGAACAACCAGUCGACGUGAUAAUCUGCGCCACGGGCUUCGACACCUCUUUCCGCCCGCGUUUCCCCAUCAUCGGUCUAAAUGGCGUAGACCUCGCCGAGAAAUGGGCAACCUCACCAACAAGUUAUCUGGCCAUCGGUGUCGACGGGUUUCCGAAUUACUUCACCUACUCGGGCCCCUUCGCGCCUGUUGGUCACGGGUCCAUCUUGCCGAUUAUCUCGCACUUGACGAACUACUUCAUCCAAGUCGUCAAGCGUAUGCGUAGAGAGCAUAUCCGGCGACUGAGCCCAAAGGCGUCCAUCGUGCGAGACUUCGUCGAACACGCCCAGACGUACCUGCGCCGAACGUGCUGGGUGGAUCCGUGCUCUAGCUGGUUCAAGCAGGGGAGUGCGGACGGGCCGGUCAUCAUAUGGCCUGGUUCGCGGAUGGCGUAUUUCGAGGCCCUGCGGACGCCGACGCUAAGUGACUACGAGAUUGAGUACUGGAGCGGGAAUCGGUUCGGAUACCUGGGGUCGGGGUUCGUCGACGCUGAGUUCUCCGGCGAUAGUAUAACCUGGUAUCUGGAUCGGUACUCAGAUAACAGGGCGUGGGCGGAGAAGGAGCCGUGGUUCGAUACAGAAGGGGAUGAGUUCGCGUACGUGAGUGAGCAGGCAUCGGGGCAGAAGAUCUGA